AUGACUAGGAAGAAGGUGAAACUCGCCUUUAUGUCCAAUGAUUCAGCAAGAAAGGCUUCCUACAAGAAGAGGAAGAAAAGUAUCAUCAAGAAGGUGAGAGAACUCACCAUUCUUUGUGGUAUUCCAGCAUGUGCUAUAAUUUCCGAUCCUUUUGAUUCUAAAACAGAGGUGUGGCCAAAUCUGAAGGAAGCCAAACAGGUGAUUGAGAGGUAUCAGAACUCAUAUAUGAAAGAUGAGAGAAAAAAUGUGAACCAGGAAAGUUUCCUUUUGCAACAGAUUGCUAAAGCUAGGGACCAACUGAGAAAGCAAAGACAAGACAAUCGUGAGAAUGAGCUGAACAUUCGUAUGAUUUGGUACCUGCAAAACAACACGGUGCCAGAUGAUAUGACUGUUUCUGAUUUGAGAGACUUGGAUAAGUUAAUUACAAAAAAUAUGAAAGAAAUUGAUGACAAGAUGGCUUCACUUAGUUUAUCAAACUGA